AUGGGGCUAUUCAGCGUAUGUUUGUUUUCCGUUUUUUUUUCGUUUUUUACACCGCUGAAUUAGGUUUUUUGACGUAAAAAAACGAAAAAAACGGAAAAAAACCAUUUUUUUCACAGCCUGAAUAACCCCAUAAAAGUCGCUUGCUUGUCACUUUGUUUAAUUCUCCGUUUGUCCGUCCCCAAGUUCAUUUCUAACGAAAACAGUUGUGACGGAGAAAUGGAGACAGGAACACGUGAACUUUCGAACGGUUCUCAUAAUCAAACAAACGGCGAAGCCGCUUUCGAGCGUUAGCCCCAGGUUAAAAAAGUUUUGUAUAAUAAAAAUAUCAUAGGGGCAUCUCACAGAAAUGGCGCUCUGUUCGCAAUCUGACCGAGUUUCUAGGCCGCGAAGUAAUUUUCAACUGAAAACAUGGUAUAACUUUUCGAACUCGGCCCCGAGGUCGCUCAAUUUGCCCUGCAAAAAGAGCGUCUCAACAGAGCGCCAUUUCUGUGCGGUGCUCCUAUAAUAGAUUAUUCUCAAAAUCAAAUUCGAGAAUCAAAAGCAUGUUAGUGCGACGUAAUAUUCAGAGUACAGAGCUGAGUACAAGUAAAAACAGAACCAAAUAAGUUCAUUUGACGUGUACUGUUUGGUCAAGAAACUAAAUUUCAGCACCUCGGUCCACUUGCUCUUCACACCGGUCUCGUUAUGAGUUGUGUCAUGUACGCUGUUGGAGGAGCUUACAUGUUUCUAGCAAUAGAAAGACCAGAGGAGCUCAAAAGACGAGAAAGAGCAUUGAUAGCGUUCGCGAAGCUGAAAGGACAGUUCAUGAGCAAUGCCACGUUUGUAGGCAUAGAUUUAGAAGGGAAUAUCGAGGCGUAUACUGAACAUUUGUUUAACUUGUUUGAAGAUGCUCACAACGCCCACGCAUUUGAACAUUUCUUUCUAAGUACAGAGAGCCCUAAGGACAUGUGGACUUUUUCUUCAGCCCUGGUUUUCACAACAACUACAGUGAUCCCCGUUGGUACAUUGAACUGCUCAUUCAAAUUCACAAAACCCAUAUUUCAGGUUAUGGAUAUAUUUUUCCCGUUUCAUCGUAUGGAAGACUGUCUCUGGUGGCAUAUGCUCUUUUAGGAAUUCCUCUGACCUUGGUGACCAUGGCAGAUACCGGAAAGUUUGCAGCACAUUUGGUUACUCGUUGGUUUGGUGACGUAAGUGGCAGAUCCCUAUGAAACAAAUGAAAAUGUGCAUUCAGAAUAUGGCUAUUCCAGCUGCAAUAUUUGUAUGUCUACUCUUUGCCUACCCUCUCAUAAUUGGUUAUGUCCUAUAUUCCACAUCAAGUAUAAGCUUUUUGGAUUCAGUUUAUUUUUCAUUAACGUCCAUUUUCACAAUUGGCUUUGGCGAUCUUACUGUAACUUUUCCAACACCGACUGAAGUAAAGAAAACAUUUAUUGCAGCCCGAGAUGAACGUGAUCCACAUGGUGUUAUUUCUUACAGUCGGAGUCAUUCUUGUAACUGUAACUCUAGACAUCGUGGCUGCUGAGCUCAUUGACCGUGUUCAUUACAUGGGAAGGCAUGUAGGGAAGGCAAAGCAGUUGGCAGGAAGAAUGUUUCAAUUGGCACAAUCUCUCAACAUGAAACAGGGUUUUGUUUGUGGAGUUGGUCAGCUGCACGCUUUGGCCAGAUUCGGUAUGCUUGGUGGACAGGAGGAAGAUGAAAAACCGGUUAGUUAUUAGGGAUGCAUUUGACUGCAAUCGCGCUCUACCGUACACCACGUGAUUUCAGUGCUAAAUUGGAAAAGGUCGCGGUCAACUUUUUCGUUUCUAAAACGAAACAGUUGUUACGGAGAAAUUAGGAAAUGAGCACGUGAACUUUCAAACAGUUAUGAGAAGCAAACAAAGCCGCUUCUGAGCGUUAGCUCGGACCGCACAAUGGUCCCGGGUUCCAAAAGUCUUUUAAUAAAAUAAUUCACGUAAUAUUAGGCAUGACUUGGCUACUCAGUGCACUUUCCUCGGAAGUUAGUUCUUCCGAGUACUCACGAAUUUCGCGUGAUUGUUAUGAUUGAAAGUUUUUUGUUGACGUGACAUAUGCGAAAAUUUUGUUAUGGGGCUAUUCAGGGGAUGAAAAAGAGACCCGCCGAGACCCGCCGGAAAAAAACGCUGCGCGCGAUGCAUUUCUUUCCGUUUUUUUUUUCAAUUUUUUGACACCUGAAAUAGGAAAAAAAACGGAAAACAAUCAUUUUUUCAUCCCCUGAAUAGCCCCAUAAUAGAAUAAUGUUUCAGACUGGAGACUUCGUGAUAGCUUUCGCCCCGGAGGUUAUGGAUGGUCUCGAUUUCGUGGACACCCUCUCCAUUUAUAGUCGUAGAAGCCGUCACUCGGCCGGAAAUUCCGCCAGAAGUUUAUUUUUGUCUUGA